AUUAUCCAUAUAAUCGAUUACGAGCUAGAUUUGAUGCUUCUUUAUCAGAAAAAGGUUUUGAUCUUCUUAAUAAAUUUUUAACAUAUGAUCCAAGUAAACGAAUAUCAGCAAUAAAUGCAUUAAAACAUGGAUAUUUUGAAGAAAGUCCUCGUCGAAUAGAUCCAUCAAUGUUUCCAACAUGGCCAUCAAGAAAUGAAGAAAAAGAAAAAGCUAUACGAGGAGGUAUUCAACGUUUACCUGGAUCAAGUAUAACUACAGUACAAGAUGAACCAAAACCACCAUCAGGUGGAAAAAUGUAUGAAAAAUUAUUAGGUGGUGGUGAUGAUGAUUCUUAUUCUAUCGAUCAAUUAUUACCUCCAGCUCCUGGAUUUCAACUUCGAGGUUAA